GAGCGGGGCAAAGGAGGACAGCGGCGGCGGCGUUACCUGCAGGGGCGGGAGGCAGGGCGCCCACAGCUGCACGUACACCCGGCCUCCGUAUUUAAAGCGGAGACGGAGGAAGAGGACACAGGAAACAACAGGGAGGAAAGGGCAAAAGUUUAUCUCUGCGCUUGUUGGAUCCCGGCUUCUGUCUGACGACCGGAGUGUACCCUGCUGUCAGAUUAAAACAAAAACUACCAGUAAACAAAUGCCAAGACUCGAGGAGCACUGCUGGAGUUGCUCUUGCACCAGAAAUAUAGACAAGGAAAGCAAAAAUUUUAGCACUUGGCUAACACAGAGAGCAGGAGAAGCCAUGUCCUCGCUCAGCUCUCUCCUCAGUCUCGCCUACAGCACCUUAGCCAGCAGCCAAGGCCGCAGUCUGAUCCGGAGGAGCUUGGUCCUAUUUAUUGUUGGUGUAUUUCUUGCCUUGGUGCUCAACCUUCUCCAGAUCCAAAGGAAUGUGACGUUAUUUCCUGAGGAAGUCAUUGCUACCAUCUUCUCUUCAGCUUGGUGGGUCCCACCAUGUUGUGGCACAGCGGCUGCUGUUGUUGGCCUUCUGUAUCCCUGCAUCGACAGCCACCUUGGUGAACCUCACAAGUUCAAGAGGGAGUGGGCCAGCGUCAUGAGAUGCAUCGCAGUUUUUGUCGGCAUUAAUCAUGCUAGUGCUAAACUGGAUUUUGCUAAUAAUGCUCAGCUGUCAUUGACCCUUGCAGCCCUGUCUUUGGGCCUGUGGUGGACCUUUGACCGCUCCCGCAGUGGCCUGGGACUUGGAAUUACAAUAGCCUUUCUUGCAACACUCAUCACACAGUUCCUUGUCUACAAUGGAGUUUACCAGUACAUGUCCCCAGACUUCCUAUAUAUCCGCUCCUGGCUGCCAUGUAUAUUCUUUUCUGGAGGAGUGACUGUGGGAAAUAUAGGGAGGCAACUAGCUAUGGGUCCUACAGAUAAAGUGCACACAGACUAGAUACAUCACCUUGCCAUACUUAAAUGUACUAAGAGAAGAAUGAGGCACAUUUCGGGGAAAAGCUUGCAAACUUUUCACCUGCAAACGCAUUAAACUGUGAAGGCUGUCACUUCAUUAUUUGGUUAGUACAUUCUACUGUGUGCGGAAUCUUGUUCCUAGCUCUAUGGAUUUUUACCACAUCGGACUAUUCCUAUACCUGGAGGAACUGCGAUAAGAGAAGAACAAAUCACCCGAUAACGCAUCUUUUCUUCCAUGAUCGCUGCAGUUUUGUUUUUGUUUUUUGUCUCUAGUGGUAGGAUGUCAGAUGUCUUCUGCAUGGUGUAAUAGGCUGGGGUGCCAGCUUCAAGUACCAGUAUUACAAUUUCAUUCUGAGAAGAUAAGGAGGAAAUUACUGUUAUGGAGUUUUGCUACGACGUCUGGAAGUCCUAAUGGAUGCAUGAAAAGAGGAAAAAAAAUAAGAUGAAGUGAUAGGAGUUUAUUGUUUGUCUACCAUGGAAAAUAAGGCUGUGGGCAAAAAAGCUGCAGCAUGAAGGGGAAACGUAGUUGAGGCCACCAGAUCUAAUCUAGGGGGCAGUAUGUUGAGUUUUCCUUCAUACUUGCUAGGCCCAUAUUGGCAACAGGGGUGAGAGUCUCCAGCAUACUGAACUGUGAUGGUAGCUGAGACUAUAGUAAUAAGCAUUCUAAAAAUAAGCUACAUGAUCAGUUUUGACCAGAAAGUAGCUAGCCCUGGUGACCACUAGAAGCUGGAAAAUUUUCCACUUUGGCUUAAUGUAUAUGACUGAUUGCUGGGCCAAGUGGCUGGAUCAUCAGAUGGUUUGGCUUUCUUGCUAUUAGAAGGUGACAGUGUAGGCAGAGAUGCUUGACUAGAAUUGUCAGCCUGCGUAAAGGCUCGUGGUUGGCUUAAAUUCCUGUGGGGCCACCUUUCCAACGAUGUUAGGCCUCAUUCACACAGCCAUAUUUUCGUCCCACAUCCGGUUUGCACAUGGACCCAUUCAUUUCUACGGUGCUGCAAAAAAAUGUCAUCCAUGUGCUGUCCAUAUCUGAGGCCAUGCAGCAAAUUAUUGAACAUGUUCUAUACUUGUCCGUUUUGGAGACAAGAAUAGGCAUUCUAACAACGUGCAGAAAGUGUGGCAUACACACGGUCUGUUGCCGUAUUUUGUGGAUCCGUGGCUUAUGGAACAUGAAACAAACGGUCGUGUGCAUGUAGCCUUAAUGGCAAUUUUCUGGACUAUAAUAUGAAUGGUCGAGUGCCACAUCCCUUUCAUUUCUUAAUGGGCAUAACACAGUACACUUGGUAGUACUGCAGAUCAACCGCUUUUAUUGUCCCUGCUUUGCCAGCCACAUGUGACACCAGCAAUAGUCAUAUUCAUAAGACGGGACAGCCAGAGAAGAACCUUUACGUGUUAAAGUGUCAUUUAUUAUGCUAGAAGAGGCGGAUAUUUUGUGUGUGUCUCACAGCCUUAUUAAUAUUUGCAGUCUGUGAUUGCCUUGUAAAGAUAAAAGUGCAUUUGUCACUUCAUUUAACAUGGUUUUGUUUUUUUUAGUCUUCUGUAGUAUUUGUGAGCUCAGAUUAUUGAUUGUUCACAUUUAAUUACAUGUAGUUCAGUCUGAUUACGAACAGUCAAAAUGACAAGUGCAAUGUGUUUAAAAAAAAAAAACUUAAAGGGAAUCUAUCUGCUCCUUUCAUUGUGGUAUCGUUACAUUAAAUAUUUGCACAAUUUAUUGAUUUGUCGAUGCGCUUUAAAAUCACAUUCUGUAGUCAGAAAGCAUUAAGUAGUAUCUUAAAUAUCUGCCAUCAAGAAGAAAAGGUAGAGUGAAAUCGCUCGCUUUAGUAGAGCGCUAAACCUGGAGCAACUGGGAUAAAGCAGACGUGUUCUUCAGGAAGAGUGUUGGUGUACCUUGUAAUAAGAUGUUUCUCUUGAAAGCACAGCUUAGACUUGGUGAGCAGGACCUCGUAGACCAUCAAGUGCUUUCACCUUGACUUUUCAAAUGGAACUUGAAAAAUCAAUCCUCACAGAUCUAGAUUCCUCUAGGUUUUCUGGGACAUUGACAAUAAAUAAUCAUCCUUUUUUGAGGUGAGUUCACACCCACUCACAGAAUUGCUUGUGGAAAAGUCACCUCUUAUUACAUUAGCAGCAAAGCGGUUGAAAUUUUACCCACUAGCAUUCACACACUGCGGAAAAAAGACCUGCAGCAAAAAAUUGCGCUGCCGUGUGAGAUCUGCAGCAGGUCCAUAUGGAUUUUCCACCCUUUACAAUGCAUAAGGGGAACUCUGCAGCAAAGUCUGCAUAUAACAUGUUAUCUGGAUUGAUUGCAGUUUUUGCAAUCAAAUUCCGCCUCCGUUUCUGAGGAAUGUCAUGCGGCUGUGUGUAACUAAGCCGGGUUUCCUUUGCGCCAAUUUUGAUAAGUCUCUCCCUAUAGACCUUUAUCUAAAUGAUAGAUUCCCUUUAAAUUAUAUACAGUAUAUUACGGCAUUGCGAAUUGUAUACUGUUGGGCCCUACUGGGCCACAUAACUAUAACCUAACUCUACAAGUUCCUACAGCUGAGGAUAUGGGAGCGUGUCCCUCAUGUUUGGGAGCAUAACCUAAGCCAGUGAUGGCUAACCUCUAGCUGUGGUGAAGCUACGACUCCCAGCAUGCUCCAUUCAUUUAUAUGGAGUGCUGAGAACAGCAAAGCAAGUGUGCAUCUUGGGAGUUGUAGUUUUACCACAGCUGGAGGAUAGCCAUCACAGACCUAAGGCUUCAUUCAUAUGAUUGCAUUAUGACUACUUGCGAGAGCCAUAUUUUAAAUGCCAAAAGCUGACAGGGAGGCUUUUGUGAUGGUUUUCCUGUUUCCCAAUACCAGGUCUUGUAUCCUUUGGCACUAAAUAAACCACUCGCUCACACACCAUAGCCUGAGCUGUUGCCCGGCAUCGGCCAUAUUGCGGGUCCGCAAUACACUGGCACCUGCCGUGUGCACCCAGCAUCACAGAUGCGCACCAAUUCACUUGAAUGGUGCGGAACGGAGGCACAGAAACCCACGGAAGCACUACAGGUGUUUCUGUCCAUGCCUCUGCACCACAAAAAAAAAGCUCCGGCCAUUGUGCUGUGGAUUAAGCUGGUUACAUCAGUGCUACUCGCAUGGAAGUGAAUGGGAGAGGCGCUGCAGUAACCGGCUUCAAAAGGUUUGGACAACCUCAUGAAGCCUGCACAAUUCCUUCUGAAAAACGGGUUUGGAUCUUCCUAAAGAAAAGCAGGUAAGUCGGCUCUUUCUUUGCAGGAUCUGAUCCCAUUUUUGGGAAGGCACAUACAGUCUGCUCACAGAAGUGUGAAUACAGCCCAAGGCUAUUUCCACACCUCCGGCAGGCUGUUCCGGAAGGGACUCGACCGGACAAAAAUCAUUGUGGUUUUUGUCCAGCCGCUUCCCGGGUAGUGGAAAUGGCUUUAGGCCUCAUGCAUAAGAGAGGGGUAAUCCGAAAGUGUUCUAAAUCCCAUGUGCUGUUGUAUGGUGCUCUGUAAAUGGCAGCCAAUGGGGUAUGCCUCAAAAGAAGCCUCCAUAUGAACUCUAAAGCAUACGGGGGUACAGAAUAGCCUCUUUAUGUUAGUACAAAUCCAUUGUUGUACGGAGCCAUAAUACAAUUGUGUACAUGAGGCCGUACUGUGUAAAUGGCAGCAAAUGGAUGAUUCUUCCUGCUGGCGGUCAGAAUAUCUCCCACAACAAUGGUGUGACAGGUCUCCUAGAAGGGGUUCUAAUGAUGCAAAUCAGCAAUAAUUUCUGUAAUAGACAAAAUCGGUAUGCAUUUAUUUGUAUUCAUUGAGCUGUAUUGACAAGUACUCCAUUUAUGAUCUUUAAGGCUUUUUUUUUUUUUUUUUUUUUUGUGAAGUUGCCUUUUUAUAUUUUACUUUUAUGAAAGGAAAUUAUGCUUUUGGUAUCAACUCUUGCUGCAAGAUGGUUGGAUUUCUGUAUUAUCUUCCAACCGAAUCCUGGUUUUAUUGUCAAUCGCAAAAUCUUUUGUGCUAUUUUUGUUAAAUAAAACAAAUUGAAGGUAUUUUGGUUAUAUAAAAUUAUCCAUAAGAUGGAGGAUAACUAGGUCAGUUCUAUGGGACCCCCGCACCGACCACAAUCAGUGCCUCGUGAACAGAAAUGAAUGGAGCGGCUGGCUGAGCAUGCACCAUGCCACUGUAUUUAUUCUCUAUGGGGCUGCCAGAGAUUUAUGGAUCGACACUUAUCAUAUGUCAAUUAUAUAUUAGCAGGAAAUUUAGGAGUUGAGAUGCCGGCAUCGGAAGGGGACUGCUGUAGUUUAGAAAUGACUGCCAAAAAAGGAUAGUAGUGCCUUCAUCUGACAUUCAGAGGCGUCCUUUCAUAGCCAUGUAGCCCACCUGCAAGUGUCGGGUAAGGCAACAGUUCUGGUGCUCAUACGCCAUAUAACCGUAAGAAAAUCCUAAAGGUGGUCAUAUACCUUUUUAGACAGCGGAUUUCUAAUCUCUCUGAACACCCCAUGUAUAUGCACUUGGCCAGGCUUUCAUGUGUCCUCGAUAGAGAAUGCAGCCAGUCUUUCGCUUGUAGCUUCACCUUAGCUGGAGGAUCCCAGGUUUCCAGUCUCAGAUCUGCGACAUUGCGGAUACCACCAGUCCCUGACUCCUUCCUUUUUUUUUUUUUUUUUUUUUUUUUUUUUUUUUUUAUCUGGUUUUUCGUGGGCUUUGUCCUUUUAAUGAGAAUAGUGCUGCAUGCAGCGCUGUUGUCCGCAUCAAAUCUGAUCAACAAUAUAUUUAAAAAAGGCUUCUUCUAAUUGGGGCUCAUGCACACAAAGGUUGGGCCCAUAUCGCAUACAUUUUUUGCGCCGCGGAUGGAUCCCAGACCCAUUCAAGUUGGAGUCUGGAUCUUUCUGCGGCAGCCGCACAGAUGUUGCCCGUGCAUUGCGAUCCCCAAAGCAUGGAACGGCCGGGCAUAGCAGUGUGCAUGAGCCCUUAUUGUGGACUUUACAGGCUCUACGUCUUGAGUUUUUUUUGGUUUUUUUUCAAUGUAACAAACCAAAUAUAGAGACAAGUAACUCUGUUUUGCCAAUACUUGCAGCAAGUUUCUGAACCAAAAGUUUGCCAAGUUGUAAAAGUUAACAAAAAAUUGCACUAUGCUGGACUAUGGAUAUACAUUGACUUUGUAUUAUUUUUCCAGUUAAUGACCUUUAUGUGUAGGAUUUCUGUGACUGCUUUGUGUAUCAUAUUUUUUUAUUUUAUUUUUUUGUAUUAAAAGUUGUGGAUCAUUUA